AUGGCGGCGUGGACAGCUGCGGCUCGUCAAGCUGCGAACCUCGCUCGCCUCCCAAAAAUCUUCGUCUACAACCAGCAAAGCCACCUACCUAAUCCAGCGACGCGGCCUCGCCGGUGGCGCGCAACUGUUAAUGUUUUGCAGUUUGUUAUCGUCUCCCUGGCUGGGUGGGGUUUGAUCUUCUUUGGAGUUUUCAGUGCAACUGUUAAUGUUUUGCAGUUUGUUAUCGUCUCCCUGGCUGGGUGGGGUUUGCUCUUCUUUGGAGGUUACAAAUUGAUCACUGGGGGCAAGAAAGAAAAGAAGGAAGAGAAAGUUGGUGAAUGAUCACAUUAGUUUCGUGGUUAUUUCUACGUGUGUAUGGUGUUUUUCUUGGGCUGUACAUUCUUCAGACAAUAAUGUUUUCAUGGUGGGAGAUAGUUACUGGAUGUACAUGAACUCUUGCGAAGAUGGUCG